AUGGCGUCAACAACACAAAAAAAACGUAAAAAUCCAUUUUCAGAUAAACAAGUAAAACAACCAAAACAGACUAAUCUUAGUGAUGAUGUUCAUUCACAAGAGAAUCGUCAUUUAUCAUCACUUUUAUCAUCAUUAAAUCACAUAAGAAUAUUUGCUAUGCGACGUCCUAAACCACAAUGUUUAACAAAAGAAAAUUGGCUUCUCCAUAAUGUUACAUCGACAACAAAAGAAAAAUGGUGUUUAGAAUUUAGUCCAUUUUUAUUAGGACCUAUUGAGUUAUAUCCAAAUGCUCAAGAUGGAAAAAUGUAUGUGGCAAAAAAUAUGGAAAAUGCAUGGCAAUUUUGUAAAGUUUAUCAACAAUUUACUGAUGAGGAUGGUGAAUCACCAUCAGAAGCCUAUUGGAAGUGGGCAGAAGAGGGCUGGAAUGAUUCUAAACCACAUCGUUUUCCACUUGGACGUAAAGCCGGCAAACCUCUUUAUUCUUUAUGGAAUGGGAAAAGAUUAGGUUAUAUCGAAGCACGAAAAACUAUCUAUGCACCAUUAUAUGCAAAAUAUGUUGAACAAACUGAUGCAUAUAAGAAACUAAAUGAUAUUUAUAUAAAAUAUUGUUGUGGAGAUAUGAAUGAUAAACAAAAACGACCUAUGGCAUUAUUAGAUUUUGAUGGAUGGGAUCAUUUAGGACAAGGUUAUAGUUUAGAAGAAGUGAUUGAUAAAGAAAAACCAAAGAUGGGUCAUGCUUUUGUAUUAGCUGGUUUACUGGAAAACAACUUAUUUUGGUUAUCUGAACCAGAAAAAAGUACUGCUGAAGAACUAAGAAAAGGUGGUCAAUUACUAAAAGAUAUCUAA